CGUUGGGUGCAUCAGCGGCUCGUCACGCGGGAUAAUUUCGCGCAGGCUGCCCGAACCAGUGACAAACAUGAAAGCUCUCCCAUUAUCAUCAUUGGGCGCCGUGUGAAGUUGGAGUUAGUCAUUCGUGGCGAUACGCGCCAGUGGAGUCAUGUUUCCUCCGUCAACUCAACGCCGGGGCAAAAUUUUCACUUUUCAGUCCGAGGCCCACACGAGCGAAGCGGCGCACCGGGAGCCCAGAGUGCAGGUAGUCCUUGCUGCGAGAAUCAGCGGCGACUUCCUUCGGCGUCCCGAGACACCGACGGGGGGGACUCUUCACUUUUUCCAAUCAUUUAUCCCCGAUCCGUUUGAUUCGCUCAAUGAGCAGCGAAGCAGUUCCGUCGCCAUCAGCCGCGCAUAGACGCGCUCGAUCGAGCCGAUCGACGAUAUUUGUCGGGGUCGCGACUCGAAGAUUCGAACGAACGUGUAGGACACAGCUACAGCCCUGGUGUACACCGAGCCCUGUAAAGGGCCCGGCGAGCGCCGGGCCCAUCCCUGGGCCAACCGCGAAGUCUCCCGGCCCAUUCCAUUCCGGAUCCGUAGUCGUCUCUUACGUGCAUCGGCCGGCGGAGGAAGCAUUCCAUUCAUGUUUCGGAGCGCGCAACACGCUCAUCGCCGCGAGUGAGAGAGCGAGGGCCACGAAGAGAUCGCGACCGGGCCUGUCCACCAGGAGGGUAUGGAGCCCUCGCUACCUGGCGCCGUUCUCGACGCCGGUUACGCGCCGUGAUGAGGAUCGACGAGCGAAUCCGCGAGGGAAUAUCAGUCCGCCUUGGGAGCGCGUCCAGCACGUGGUCCUGUGCGUUAUCGUCUGGGCUUGCUCCGAAUACAUCCGGGGAUGCAGUGAAGCUGCGCUGGUAGAAGUCGAGAUGUUGUGAUGGCUGGUAGAUCACGACGUUCGAGCACAGAGCUCGAACCAGAUCUAUCGACGCCAACGGCUCCGAAGAAAUCCAGGCAAUCCGAAACGUUACCCGAAGAAACAGUCGCGGAAGAGGACUUGACGAAAUCAGGAAGCACCGAGACGCCGUCUACGAGCGAGACCUCUUCACAGGCGGAGAUCGCGCUCGCUCAGGAGAAGGAGAAGCAGCUUGAGGAAAUUGCCGAAUUCGCGGAAGCAUCGAAGCAAUCGUCGUUGGCCAGCGAGACGUCAUUGAGCUCGAGCGAAACAGGUGUGUCCGAGCAGAAGACAGACACCGCUACGACAUCGACAGAGGCGACUCCGGGCUCGUCGAAGGAAGAACAGUUCGGCACAUUGAAAUCCAUUGUAAUGAAGUACAGCAGUCAACGGGAGCUCUCUGCUUCUGCCGAAAAAACGUCAGAAAUGACGGUUCAGAUUCAAACGUCCUUGCUGGGUGAACAUGCGUCUUACGAGGAGCUGUCGCUUAUCGGGAACGGCGCUUACGGCACCGUGUACAAAGCGAAAGAUAGGACCAGCGGUCAGGUCGUAGCACUUAAGAAAGUCAGGGUACCUUUAACGGAGGAUGGUCUACCUAUGUCCACACUGAGAGAGAUCGCCACUUUGAAGCAGCUCGAGCGAUUUGAACACCCGCACAUCGUCAGAUUAUUGGAUGUUUGUCAAGGAAGUUAUCUCGACUUACCCUCGGCCGAGCGAUCCGGAAGAUUGGACCGCGGCCUCACCCUGUGGCUGGUGUUCGAGCACGUGGAAAGAGAUCUCGCUUCUUACAUAUCUAGCUGUCCGCGGACAGGUAUCCCUCCGUAUCUCGUGAGGCAAAUGUCGAAGGAGAUACUCUGUGGAGUAGAGUUCCUACAUAGCCAUAGAAUAAUACACAGGGAUUUGAAGCCACAAAAUCUGCUGGUGACGCGGGACGGAAGAAUCAAAAUCGCAGAUUUCGGCCUGGCUAAGACCUACGACUUCGAAAUGAGAUUGACUUCCGUUGUCGUAACACAAUGGUAUCGAGCACCUGAAGUACUCUUGGGAUGUUCCUACGCUACUCCUGUAGAUAUUUGGUCUGUCGGGUGCAUAAUGGCGGAACUUUACAAAUUGGAGCCAUUAUUCCCGGGUACCAGUGAGGGGGACCAACUCGACAGGAUUUUCCAAGUUGUUGGUACUCCAUCACAGCAAGCAUGGCCGGAGAACGUAUCAGUCAGUUGGACAGCUUUCCCUCAUAGACAACCCAGACCUCUUGGUGCAAUAAUACCAGAUGUAGAUGAACACGGACUAGAUUUAAUUAAGAAUAUGCUCAUGUUUGAUCCUCAUAGUCGUAUAACUGCAGCUCAAGCUGUAAGACACCGAUACUUUGCUGAAGAUGACGCGUGAUGACUUUUCCGUAAGUUGUCUAACUAUUUACCACUAUGUAAACUAGCAAACAUUCAGACUGACGUAAUUAUAUUUUAAAAUAGAAAUAUAUAUGACACUUAAGCACACUAUAUGAUAAUCUGUAAAGUAAAUUUUUAAGUAUAGCAUUAUAUUCGUAUAUACUAAAAGUAUGCCAGAAUUCAAUUCGAAUAUUCAGAUUCACUUGUGUUUCUAUAAACAUUGCUGUUUAGAUUCAGAUUCAAUUAACAGUUAAAAUUAGGGUUUAAAUUUAUGUCAAAAUUAAAUAUGAUUUCGUAGUAACUAUAUAUGUAGCCUAGCAUACUAUUUUUACAUGUUUACAGAGCUAAUUUGUUAACAUUACAGCGUAAUAACCUAAUAAUUCUACGAAAUGAACUUUAAUAUUUAAGUUAAUUUAUCCUACAGUUUAAUGUAUAACGC